CUCAAAUUGUCCUGACGUGUUGUUGUCGUGACGUAUUUCCGGUAUGGCUCCCUAUGCCAUGUAAAGUAGCUUUGGAUUCUAGUGAGUUUGUUUUCACUACUCUUACGUUUAAUUAUUUCCCCCGAUUGAAUCUGAGAGGUUAUUCACACAAAUGUGUCCGUAAAUUCACUGACUGACAGGACAAGGAGACCCAACGUAGAAUGUCAAACUGUGUCGCGUUGCAGACCCACCUGGCAUCCGUCAUGGAGACUUUAGUUCAUGCGGCUAUUGCUGAAAUGUGCAAACUUGUGGAUGAAGGAUCCAUGUUCUUACUGACUCUGGAACUUACAGAGGAACAGAGGGCAGACGAGGAUCUGAAGACAAAGCUACAGUUGGAGAGUGAGAUGAGGAUGACGCAGUUUGCCUCCAUUAUGGAGGUUCUGGGGAACGAGGCGCUGGGGAAGAUCAUCAAACUGGUGGAUGAAACAAAGUUUUUUCUGGACAUGGAGUGCAAGACGUUCCAGGGCAAAAAGGCGAAGCCUCCUGGCUGCUUCUUGAACAUCUUGUCAGCUGGUGGCAUGGAAGAGGAGCAUUCGUAUGAUGGUUGUGGCAGAAGUGCUGACCUAGGCCCCGAGGAGUCCGUAGAGGAGCAGACAGACCGACCUGAAUCUCCUCUCGUCAAGGCCGUCACCAUCAGGGAUGAAGUUGGCAAGAUCGAUCUGGCAAAACUUGCAGCUAGCGUGCUGGACCCCGGCUCCAAAGACGCCCUGUCGGCUGACGAGCAGAACAGCAGUGACGGCAACGAGAACCUAGAAGGUUACGCCGGCAUCAUCAGCAGUUCUGGGAAGAAGAUCCUGAUUUGCACGGAGUGCGGGAAAAGCUUCUCCACCGUGAGUAAGCUGAAGUCCCACCAGCGCAUCCACACGGGCGAGAAGCCCUUUGGCUGCGAGCUGUGUGGCAAAGCCUUCGCCCACAAGCAGAGCCUAAACGUCCAUCAGAACAUGCACACUGGCAAGAAGCCCUUCACCUGCGAUGUCUGUGGCAAGACCUUCAGCAAAGCCUCGCACAUGAAGACCCAUCAGAUCAUCCAUACGGGAGAGAAGCCCUUCUCUUGCGAGGAAUGCGGCAAGAAGUUCAACUUGGCUCAAAAUCUGGCGCGACACCAGCUCAUCCACACAGGAGAGAAGGUGUUCAGCUGCCUGAUCUGCCAGAAGAGGUUCACGCGAGCGGUCACCCUGAAGAGCCACCAGCUGAUCCACACGGGGCAGAAGCCCUUCAAGUGCUCCAUAUGUAGCAAGAGCUUCCGGCACGCGGUCAAUCUGAAAAUCCACGAGCGCAUCCACAUGGACGUGCGGCCCUACACCUGCGACCUGUGCGGCAAGGCCUUCCGGCAGUCGGUCAACCUGAAGAUCCACAAACGCAUCCACACCGGCGAGAAGCCCUUCACCUGCAAGGAGUGUGGCAAGAGCUUCAGUCAGCAGAGCAGCCUGGUGUCGCACAGGCGCACACACUCGGGGGAGAAGCCCUUCGGCUGCACCUUCUGCGAGAAGCGCUUCAACAACACCAACAGCCUGAAGCUGCACGAGCGCACACACACCGGCGAGAAGCCGUACAACUGCGAGUUCUGCGGGAAGACGUUCAGCCAGGGCAGCCACCUGCGCACACACAAGCGGCACGUGCACGCGGGCGGCAAGCAGUACAUCUGUGACAAGUGCGGCAAGAGGUACUCGGACCCCCGCAACCUAAAGCUCCAUAAGUGCGUGUACGCUUGAUCCCCUCCAGUCAGCUGCGAGGCUCUGAAAUGACACGAUGCUAUUGUCCUUGACUAAUGGAAUGCAGAAGUGAUUUUGCUGGGUGUUUGCACUGUGCAUAUAUAGCCGAUAUAUUUUAUUUUGGGACAGAGGUUCCCAAGAGGAGGGCCCGUUUAGCCUCACACUGUCAUGUUGUAUGUAGGCCACUAAAGGUCUAUGUCGUUGCUGUCCAGUGACUCUGUGACGUCACCGAACCUUUCAACUUAAAAAGGGUAGAUUUUUUUUUAAUUCUUUUUAUUUUGGUGUAUCUACAAAAGCCUUGGAGAAAUUCAGAGAAGUAGUAUAGAGUAAAAAUAAUCAUUUUUCCUGAGUUCAACCACACUGCGGGAGUGUGCACAUACUGUUUGAGAGUAGAAUAAAAUGUGUUCAGUCUUCCUGUAAACCCAAAAUGAAUUCAUGCAUUUGAGUUCAAAAUGAUUCUCACAGACGCUGUGUGCAUCUCAUCAAACAUGUUUUAAUGAGGUAACAGAGGGAAACAUUUAUAUUAUUCACAGCUGUCUCUUACCCUGCGAGGGUAGAGGGCUCUGGGUUGAAGAAAAAUGGACAAACCAUGUGGCCUUUCAUUCCGGAUCUCAACCUUGCUUCGAGUGGGUUACAUGUCAUUACAACAUACCAGGCAAGUGUAGGAUCCUUUCUACCAGAACGUUGUCAGUGGAUGGAAUUACUUCUUCUGAACUGUUGACAGACACACCAAAAUAAGCCAAACAGCCUUUGUUUGUGUGUAUUACGAGUUGUUUCGAAUGAGAAUAGAUUGUACAGAUCUAACAUGUUGGGUUUAUUUAUAUUUUUUAAAAAACAUUUCACGUAAUUGAAUUGUGGGGUACUGCAGUUCAUGUGUAAAUGCAUUACCAGUGUGAAGUUGUCAUUGGAAAAUGGCAAUCCCUAUACUACUGUAUGAGCAUAGGAAAUAGUUUGAAAUAUAUUGAGUACCGGAAACUAAUUCACAAUGACAAUUUUAAGGAACCCAUGGGGUUAAAAAGAGAUGUCCACAGUCUUAUUUUGCGUCGUGCUGAAAUCAGCUUAAAUCGACUGCAGCCUUAAAUCGACUGCGGCCGCGCAUUUUGACUUUGUUUCUGUUCCUUUUUGCAAGUGACCAAUGGUAAACCUUGAAGUUGAAAGUUGACAUUACAGUGGUAUAGCUUGUGCAAAUCCAGAAAAGCCAUCUGUCAAAAAUGAUAAUGAUAAAAUGAAAUAUAAAAUAACUGCACUCUACUUUGUGUAUGGUUUGUUCUAGUAGAAUAAUGUCUUUAGUUUCAGGAUUAGGAUACUAUUAAAUUGAAUCUUGAUUC